AUGGGGUUUGGCAACAAAUGGAUUAACUGGAUCAGUUUUUGUAUCUCCAAUGUGAAAUUUUCGCUCAUAAUCAAUGGCAGUCCAAAAGGCUUUUUCCAAUCACAGAAAGGGCUCAGACAAGGUGACCCCAUGUCACUUUUUCUGUUCAUUCUAGCAAUGGAAGGCCUGAACUUCAUGAUCAGGAGAGCAAGGGAGAAUGGAUGGAUUAGAGGUUUUUGUGAAGCUGAAGUUACACAAAUAAGGCAUUUGAGAUCUAUCCUAACCAUUUUUGAAGGCGUUUCAAGGCUCCAUGUUAAUUGGCAGAAAAGUUGUCUCUACCCAGUCAACCAAGUGCCUAAUAUGCAGAUCCUAACAGAAAACCUAGGGUGUCAAGUGGUUUCCCUACCUACUAAAUACCUAGGUAUGCCUCUCGGAGCAAAGAAUAAGAAGCUGGAAGUGUGGAAUGAGAUUCUGCAAAGAAGUGAGAUGAAACUAACAAGAUGGAAAAGUCAAUAUUUGUCUUUGGGCAGUAUACUAACUCUUAUAAAAUCAGUCAUGGAUGGCCAACCUACUUAUAUGACGAUUCUAUUCCUUCUACCAGUCAGCAUAGGGAAAAAAAUCAACAAGGCAAGAAGAGUAUUUCUAUGGCAGGGCAAUAAAGAGAAGAAAGGGUACAAUCUAGUCAAAUGGGAUAAGGUGGCCCUGAGCAAAGAGCAGGGUGGACUAGGCAUAAAGAAGCUACGUGCACAUAACGAAAGUUUACUGAAGAAAUGA